AUGCAUUCAAGCAAUGCAGAGGACAGACCGAGCAGCUACGCUGUGUCAGGCGAGAUGGAGCUCAAGAUUGGAUUGAAGUUUCUCAAUUGGGAAACAGCGAUGCUGGCAGUCAAAAACUACAACAUCCGUAGGAGUGUAGAAUAUAAGGUGGUAGAGUCAGACCAAAGUCGAUGCUUGGCAAGUUCAAUGUCUCAAGACCACGCUCAACUUGAUAGCAAUGUCAUCUACCAGUACAUAUUCCCAAUGAUGCAUGCUGAUGCGACAAUUUGUGUAAAUGUGUUGCAAGGAUUGGUUGAGUCAGCGUAUGGGUAUAAGGUAUCUUACAAGAAGGUUUGGCACGUGAAGCAGAAGGCAAUCGCAAGGAUUUAUGGUGAUUGGGACGAUUUGUAUGACCAGCUGCGUAGAUACUUCAAUGCUCUGCAAGCUUUCGUCCUAGGGAUGAUUGUUGACCUCCAAACGCAGCCGUACUAUGUUGGGAACACUCUAGAUCGUGAUAGUGUCAUGUUUCACCAGGUUUUCUGGUCGUUCCCUUCAUGUGUUCAAGCUUUCAGGCACUGUAAGCUGCUGGUGUCAGUGGACGGUAUACACUUGUAUGGUAAGUAUGCAGACACCCUUCUCAUGGGUAUAGCACAGGACGGAAAUAACAACAUUCUACCCGUCGCUUUUGCACUUGCCGAAAGAGAGAACACAGAUUCAUGGUACUUCUUCCUAACCAAUUUGAGGAGACAUGUAGCAACUCGGCCAGGAGUUCUGCUUAUCUCGGAUAGGCAUGCGGCAAUAAAGGCCGCAUUUGAGCGUGAAGGAUGUGGCUAG